AUGGGCAAUGAGAAGAAUAAAAAGGAAAAAAGCGCAAAAGAAAAACAGAAGAAGAAAGAAAAUGAAGUGUCCACAACAGUCGAAGUUUUAAAUUUGGAUUCUGUUGGUGUUGAAUUGAGGUCCUUCCGACGGUCCCGUUUGGAAAAGUCGAAUAGAACAGAAGACCAUCCCCUCUCCGUGGCCUCACCUUUAAACCGAUGCAGCUUUGGCAAAUAUGAACAAGGUGCUAAAGUUACCUCAAAGGGAAACAUGGUUUCUCCACCUUCUUCCACAUCAGAUAGGUGUGUCAUUUCCUUGUUUAAACGCCUCAUGUACCUGGGUCAAACGAGUCGUAGUGAGAAGCGUAUCUUUGUCCCACUUCAUACCUCAGAACAUUAA